GGAGAAAAAUUCCUCUAAAAAACAAAAUAAAAAUUAACAAAAAGUCAAAAUGAGACUCAAUCAAUCUUUGCUCCUCUUAACCGUCCUUUUCGCCCUUAUUGCUGUUGCUUCAUGUGCAAUUAAGACAUGUACUCCGGUUUAUGUUGUUGAGAGUGGUGAUACCCUUGAAAAAAUCGCGAAUAAACUUAAGGUGACCUUGCUAGUUUUGAAAAGAGCAAAUCCUUGUAUUACAAAUCCGAACGUAAUCUUUCCCGGUUGUAUUAUCCGGAUACCUAAUGCUACUAGAUGUUUUUAAGAAUUAACUGUGCUUUUAAUUAAUAAUAGCCGUGAGAGAAAUACACCAUUUAUUAAUAUUUAUUUCGUUAUUUGUUAUUAAUUUUUUUUUUUUUUGCUUUAAUAACUUUUAAUAGAUAAAUUUGUAGUGCAUUAAAUAGUAUUGGUAUAUAUAUUUAGAUAUAUUUAGUAAAUUUAU